AACAAACACCGAGUCUGUCUUUUAGAUCCAAAAGCUACUCUCCCCCUGAGUCCUGAAGAUAAAUCCAAAUUCAGUGUAUUCCUUUACGGUGGGAUACUGGGUGAUGAUCCUCCUAGGGAUAGAACGUCCGAGUUACGUAAAUUAGGAUACGAAGGAAGACAUUUAGGUGAAAAACAAAUGACGACUGAUACCGCUGUUUUAGUCACGAAGUUGAUUGUGGAGGAUGGUUUCACUUUGGACCAAAUACCUUAUGUCGACUUUCCUACAAUAUCAUUUUCGAAAUACGAAAGUGUCGAAAUGCCAUUCCGGUACGUAGCUGAAUCUAACGGUCAACCAAUUUUACCUCCGGGGAUGAAGCAACAUUUAAAAGAGGAUUUGAAUAGGACGAUUGAUGAUUUUUGA